UGCUGGAAGCAUGAAGCCGCGGCGGGGAAGGGGGAUGGUGGCGACGCCGCAAACGCUGCGUGGAAGGGGUGGAAGGGGCGGGUUGGCGGCGACCGGCACGGUGGACCCGGCUUGUAGGUAUUUUCGUGGCAGUGGCAUGGCUGUUCCGUGGCUCGUAUCCUCCACUGUGGACACUCCAAGCCAUAAAAUGAUGGUAAGGAAGCCCACAUUAAAUCCACUCAAACUAGUUUAUUGUAUCAAUCCUCAAUCACACAAUAACUUGAGCCAAAAAAGUAGAACUUGGUUUUGGCUGACAAUUAUGGCCAUUUUAGCCGGUUCUUUAAUUUCGUUGGCGGCGAGGAGGAAGAAGAAGACUAAGCGCCUGGCUCCAGGUCCAAGAGGGAUCCCUAUUCUGGGACAUCUACACAAGCUGGGGAAGAAUCCUCACCAUGACCUGCACAGGAUUGCCAAAGACCACGGCCGAAUUAUGUAUAUGCAAUUUGGGUUCGUUCCAAACAUCAUCGUUUCAUCUCCUGAGGCAGCUGAGCAUUUCCUCAAGACACACGAUCUUGUUUUUGCCAGCAGACCACCUCAUCAGGCUGCUAAGUAUCUCUCAUGGGGUCAGAGGAAUCUGGCAUUCGGGGCUUACGGUCCGCAUUGGUGGAACAUGCGCAAGCUAUGCACCUUAUUUUAGUAUUUUAGACUGUCAUCCGAAAUUAGGUAAAGUUCAAAUAUGGAAAAUUUUAAAUCAAUUAUACACCAUUAAUAAUGUUAGUCAACGCAAUUCCCUAAUAUUAUUUCCACUACUUUCUUCUCUCUUUCU